CAUUUUGAAGAAAGAAUUGUCAAAGUCUAUUGUUUUAUGUAAUACGAACAUAAACCUGUAAUGAAAACGUUAAUGUGAGAUGUCACUAAAAUUACACGAACCGUAUGGUAACAAAUGCUCAUCUGCACACCUGCUACUGAUGCCUCUCGUUAAUCGACAAUGACGUCAGGUAGUUCGUGGAUUUAACACCCUUUGAUCAAGCGUAGUUCGAGCAAAAUAACACUGUCAAACAUGAGCUACUUUACGUGUCCAAUUAUCUUAUUCGUUCUUGUACCCCAGACGAUAUCACUCGUAACAUGCAAAGGUUUUACACUCUCCAUGUGCUGGACAAUUAGGAACAUCAGCUUGUUUGACAGAUCAGAUAAUAUAUGGUUGAACACCAACAAAAUCCAAUCAAUGUGGAAAAAGGACAAAUUCACAUCAUUGACAGUUUCCCCAUCUUUGAACCACACUGUAACCCUUGAGUAUGGAGACGAUGUCUGGAAAUGGACAUUUUCAGUCUUGCCGUGUACUAGCAACAUUGUAGUCAGAGGUCAACUUAAGCCUGAGCUGCAGCCCUCCAAAACCACCCUGGAAGCCAUGCAGUUGUUGUCCGACGAUGAGGUUUUUCCAUGUGAGGCAGGCACUCGGUAUCUCUAUCAGGAUGAAAACCUCAUCAUCGCUCUGGGCCAAACCCCACGGUACCCUCUCAAAAUGGAGCCCAGGAGUGCCUCAAUGUUACUGAUAUCCUGGCAGAGGGUGUCCUCUGCCUCCCCUGCCAGCCGAGUGUCUCUCUACCACCCUGAUACGAAGGCCUACGUUCUUCUGACUUCAGACACUACCCACUCCAACUACUACCGCUUCACUGGCCUGGAUUCCUGCAGCCCCUACGCUGCCUGUGUAGAGAGGGAAGACACUCACACUCUCACCUGCCUCUAUGACAACACAGGCCCGGAUAUGCCUAGAAACUUCCAGGUGGUAUCAUGGAACGUCACCAGCAUCACGGUGGCUUGGGACUGUCCGGACAACAACAAGUUCUCCCUCUUUCUUGUCACGGCCUUCUACCUCAACGGAAGCGACUACAUCCUUGAGGAGAGGUACUUCAGGCACACUCUGAAGAGCUUUGUGUUUACCCUGCUGGACCUGCAGCCCUGCAGCAGGGUGAAGUUUGGUCUGCAGACCGUGUGCGAGUUUGACACGGGGUCUCACUCCAGCAGGAUGGUCCUUAUCGAUGGGAACACUGUCCACUCAGACAUCCAUAACCUGCAUCAAUCCUCCUCUGGGCCUGGCAGCUACACCCUGACCUGGGAGGUGAAGAACAUUUCAACAAUCUCUGCAUUCAGAGUGUACCACCAGGGGGCGCUCCACGCCUCCACCCUGCUUACCACACACACAGUGGACGGCCUGGAGCCCUGCCAGUACUACCUCACCAGGGUGGAGGCCAUGUGUGGGGACAGCAUGGUCAUGAGCUGGAGGAGCAUAACUGUAUGCUCGGGAACUCGAGGUGUGUCGGAUCUGAAGUAUCACUCUGAAAACUCCACGGCUCUGUGGACGGCCGAUGCCGGCGGCGAGGCAGUAUUCCAGUACCAGCUGUCGUACACAAACAGCUCCAUCAUCCAGAAGGGGUCUCUGACGGAGACCAUGCUCCCCCUCCCGGGGCUGAUCGAGGGGGCCCGCUAUGUCCUGGACGUGUGGGAAGAGUGCAACGGGGAGAUGAGUGCCAACCAAGCACUGCUGGUCUUCAAUGGGAUCAACGUGCCCCUCAGACCCCUAGAUCUGGACUUUGGGUUAGAGCUGGAUGACCCCAGCCCAGUCCUGGUUCUGGUGGUGCCCUGGCUACUGCCAGAGCCCCUGCAUAGCCCCACAUCUGAGCCCAGGGCCACACUGCAGCACAUCAUUGAAAAAAAAUUGGAAGAGCUGCUGAAAGACUUCCCACAGAAAGCCAGGGUACAGUUGGAUGGCUUCAGAAAUGCGGGCCAGUCAAAUACAAACAUCCUUUUUAGUGUGUUUGAUGCCUUGAUAACAGACACGGACGUGCCACUGCUAGUAGGAGACCUGCUGGACCAUGUCCAGUCCCUCCAGGUGCCCAGUGUAUCUGUCAACAAUGGCAUCAUUUACUGGGACGACCCAGAUGAGUGCUCCACCCCUGAUCUGAUCAGGUGUCCCUCCCACUCUCUCUGUAUCAACACCCUGGACUCCUAUACCUGUGUCUGUCACCCUGGUUACUAUGAUGUCCGCUCACCCCUGACCCCCCUCGUGGACCUAGCGUCUGGUCCCGUCUGUUACGAGCACGGAACGUUCACCCAGUGCCUGCACAGACGGAUGGCGGGAGGCGUCUCCAAAGCCUUUCUGACUGCUUACCUGGGCGGCGACGUGACGGUCCUCCUGAACGACGGCCGCUGCGCCGUGAACGAGAGCGAGACGCUGUACCACUUCAGCUCCUCAAAUAAAGCGCCCCAGUGUGGUACCGAGAGGCUGGUGAACAUGACACACAUCGAGUUCCAGAACUCUCUGACUGUCACCUUGAACAGCCAGAUGACCAUCACACGCAGGGAUCUGAAGGUUAUCUGGAAGUGUGUGUACCCACGAACCUACAUCCUCAAUGUGCGGAUUAACGUGGAUCAAGAUAGGGUGUCCUCCCACUCUGUGGUCGUCUUCAACUCGUCCCACAGUCUGUUCCUGACCAUGAGCUUGUACAGCGACCUCUCCUACAGCCACGGAGAGCCCAUCUCCAUCACCCAGGCCGACGCGCUGUUCUUCGAGGUGGCCCUGCAGACGGCGCACACCUUCACCCCCGAGGUGCUCCUGAAGGUCUUGACCUGCUGGGCCACGGAGAGCCCCGCACCCAACAACACGGUCGGUGGCAUCUUCCUCCUGGAGGGAUGCCCUGUGGACAGUACGUUCCACUGGCUGUCGCUGAACGGAGUGGCACAGAGGAGCAGGUUUUCUCUCCAGAUGUUCACCAUGCCUCGGGGCCUGCCCAUCUACUUCCACUGUCUGGCCCACAUAUGCAGACACGAUGAGGACUGCACCACUAAUUGUACCGCUCCACGACUUUCUAAGAGGUCAGUGUCCCAGAGGAAUGUGAACACCAGACAGGUGGCAGUGGUGUCAGCUGGCCCUCUGGUGGUCAGCCUGAAAGCAAAGCCAGACACCAAACCCUCUGACUGGGAUGAAAUGGGGACACUGAUCUCCGUUGUUGGUGGGACUGUAGGCCUCUUUCUGUUGGCUGUGCUUGGAGCCAUUGCAUCCAAAGCCAUAAUGAAGUAUUAUAAGAGACCAAGGCUUCAAUGAAUAUAUGAACGAAUGUAGUAAAUCACACCUCCAUUAUGGUUCUAGUGAGCUGCAUUUGUUAUGACCAUAUAUAAUUUUCAGUGUUACUGCAAUGUACAUAAUACAGUUAUGUAUUGCUCCAGUGAUAUAUCACAUUGCUAAAUAAAAUUU